GUUUUCGUGGUAAAUCUAUUAGGGAUGCUGCAAGCCUUUAUAGAGCGGUGCGUUGAGACAGGUAUAGCCAAAACACCCCUUUGAGCAGAAAGGAUCGGGAGUGACUUCUUACUAGGAGCGGACGGGCACGGCGAUGGGUUGGAUCAAGCCAUGCAGGAUGUAAAAUCCAUCAUAGGCCAAUUGAGUCGAAUCAUGACUUCCAUUCGCAAGGCUGGCAUCAAUGCACGAAUUCAAAAGGCCGAUGCUUCUUACGACCCUGGCCAUCCGCAGGUCGAGGCUUUGAAAAGCCAUUUGCAGCUGCUGUUACUGUCAAGACCCAGAUAUUAUGGCACUCUACAGGCAGAGACUUCUUCGCACGGAGUGUUAUUAGUCUCGUCCAUAGAUGGCACUAUCGUGUCUGAGCCGCGGUCUUUGACUGUUAUCCAGCGACGACUCAUUGAGGCAAACCUGAAGCGGAGAAACCGAUUCUUGUAUGCUCAGCGUCACGCAAUCAAGCUGUCCGACAGGGAACCCCCCCCAGCAAAGUCGAUACCCACUUCUCGAAAAACACCACAGCCACUCAUUCUCAAUCCCAACGCAAGGUCAACGGACGAGCCUAAACUUCCCACAGUGUAUAGCACAACGACCGCAACCGAAGUACAAGAUCCAAUCCCGUUUCCGACCCGAGAUAGUGCCCAACCAGCGACUACUAUCAUAUCUGCAAUCAGCUCUCGUGUGACGUAUCCCAAGCCUCCCCAACUGAGACCCGAUCAAAAUGUCUUCCAAUGUCCGUGCUGUUGCCAGACAUUACCAGCUUUCAUGAGCAAAGGGAGUCAGUGGAAAAAACAUCUCUCCAGAGAUAUUCUUCCAUACACAUGUAUUCUCGAAGAAUGUCCUCGCCCCGAAAGAAAUUACCAUACAAAGGAUCUUUGGCUGUCGCACAUGUCCACAGACCAUGGCGGCUUUCCCCAUUGGGUUUGCCUCGCCUGCAAUGAGUCGAGCGAGCGACCAACGUUUUACGAAGAAUCGGCAUUCACUAAACACUUAGAUGAAACGCACUCAACGGGUAUCAAGCCCCACCAAAUACAGAUGUUGGUCUCUGCCUGGCGUCGGAAAACACCAGUCACAGUUGGAUCAUGUCCGCUCUGUGGGCUGACAGACCUGGAUGUCGAGGCCGUUUUGAACCAUGUUGCCGAGCACCUGCAUUCAUUUUCGCUCAAAUCUUUACCAUGGGCGCCAGGAGACUCUGAGUCUAAUUGGGACUCAUAUGGAGGCUAUUAUGAAGAUCAUCCUUAUUUUGAUACAGCAAGAUCCGAAGAUACACGAAGAUCGGAAGACACUGGAAGUGUGGGAUCAGGAUCUAUUGAUCCUUUUGACCCACUGGACUAUCUGCCUAUUAAGGAAUACGACGAGGAGCCAACGGAAAACAACCAAUUGACAGAAGAACGAAUUCACUGUCUUUCGGAGGAUCCGGGUACUAACCAGGAUAUGAUGGGUGUGUUUUUAGCUAGCAUCGAGAACGAAGAUCCUGUAACGGCACCCUUUCAAACGCCACCAUCGCCAGCUAGCCCUGAUAGCGAUCUAUCUGUGGACGUGGAAGAAGUAGGCCGGGUCUCUGAAUCCCAUCAUCUUCCAUCAUUAUCACUCACAGUACCUACGGAUUCUGAUGAUGAUGACUCUCCGGCCGUUCGACCGCCACUGCCAGCCCCAUCUGACAGCGAACCCUCCACAGAUGGAGAGGAUGAACACCAAGAUUCUGCAUCGCAUAACCCUCCGUCAUCAUCACCAGCCGAAUCCGGUUCAUAUUCUAAUAAUGAGUCUGCACCUCCAGGCUUCCAGUCAUCAUCAGUGGCCGAGGAAUGGCACCUGUCACACGAUCUGUCACGAUUUAUUGAUUUCGAUGCAACUCCGCCCCACAGAGCUCAGAAGGCUGAAGCUGCCAUUAACGCCGGAGCAGUAGCUACUGGAUUCUUUUCAUUUUCUGAGAUGGUUCUUAGCCAACCCAGUCUCCCACAGGAUAUUUCUUCCGCCGGCGAAUUACCGAGUACCAGUAUUGUCCUUUAUGAUAGACAUCAUUUUCACGAUUCCUUGGACACGCUUUAUCUGCUGUGUUCUAACUGGGUUUCCGAUUUUUCGGAACCCUUCAGCAAUGUGUUAUGUCGCUCACUCGAUAACCUGCACCCCGCAAAUAAUCGUGAUCGAUUCCGCGAUGCCAUACUAAAUGGAUCCGACGUUGAUGCGCUUCUUGCUGACCCUAUUCACCGGCGACAUAUCUUCAUGUCCGUCACGACGACUAUGAUCUGGGAAUUCAUAUUCACGCGGUAUCUAUUCGGCUUGGAAUGGUCAAUACGCUCAGGAAUCAAGCGGUUAGAGAAGGAAUUAGGGCAGACUCUGCCACAGGAAGUAGUCCAUCGCUGGCGAGCCACGACGUUGAAUUCAUUAUCCCAGGAUACCGAGUUGAAACAGCAGCAAGAGCGUGAUAUUCAAGCUGUUUCACUUACUAUUAUCGAUACACUGAUGUCUAUACUAUCGGAAAGGAGUCCUUAUAAGCCUCGACUGCGCGAGGAGCUCGACGAUGUAUUACGCCUUGCUGUGAAACUCUCUGUUGAAAUGCGUACGCAAUUGGCAGAAUACAUUAUGCUACCCCCUCUUCAGCCAGAGUAUGACAGCCAAGGCAACUUGACAAGUCAGAUCUUCUUCAACGCCUCGUUGAUGCAUGAGGAGAGUGGCGUGUAUGCAUCAAAUGAACAGGCACAAAGUGAACAGGCUGUUGUUCACUUAGUCCUUUUCCCUUUGGUAGUGAGAAAGGGCGAUGACGAUGGCAAAGGAGACGAAGAGGUGGUUGUUUAUCCAGCUCAGGUCGUGGUAUCAGAUAUAUUAGAUCGUGGUAGACCUCACCCGUCGCCCUCUCAUGACACAGGAGAUGUUUCUGCUGCAAACGACGAGGCGGAUUAUGAUUCGGACAGGACUUCGGCAGGUAGCGCUCCAAGUCAAGUGUCGGUCGAUGUUAGAGGAGUGCCACUUUAGUUGCUGCUUUAGCUAAUAAUGAAGCCAACAUGUGCGCACAAAGCACUUCUUACUUCUACAA